AUGAGAGUAAAAUAAGUAAGAUUAAAGCUAAAAGUUUAAUAAAUAGAGUAAACAUAAUUUAAAGUAAAAAAAGAGAGCAAAUGUGUUGAAGACCAUAUAUAAUAGAUAUAUUAUCUAAAGAUAUUUAAAAAUAUUAUAUCUUUCUUCUUACCAAGAGACAAGCUCACCCAUCCAAAGGAGUUAGUUAGAUUAGAAAGCAGUUAAGGAGGUUUAUUCAAAAAAAUAUCUCCUCAUAUUAGUGAAGAUAUAGUCGAAAUAUUGAGAGAUAAAAUUUGGUAAUCUUAUUUAGAAAAGACAACUUCAGGAUAACCAUCUCGUUUAUUUCAAUAAAAACUAUUAGAAAAGAGAGAGAUAAGCAACCAACAAAUACAAAAUGAAUAGAAAGAAUCCUUAGAAAUAGUUUUUCAAAAUGUUAAGCUUCAUAUCCCAAUGAUAAAGAAAAAAAAUGUAAAACUGAGCGGAUUUAUUUGA